AGAACAAGAACACGACAAAGAACUGAAGAAAUUAUUGGAACACCUUGAGUGGUUGAAUGGUGUCACCAAAUUUAAUAUGGAACUUAAUAAUGGGUUCAACUGGACAACAAUCUUACUACGCACGGAUGGUUCUGUCAAUUUCCACAGAAAUUGGACCGAAUAUAAAAACGGGUUCGGCAAUCCACCGUAUGGAGAAUUUUUCAUUGGCCUCGAAAAAUUACAUAAACUAACUACAGCUGUUCCGGUCGUUGAAUUAAAGAUUAUUUUAAAAUCCUGGGAUGAUGAAGAACGUUACGCCAUCUAUGAUGGAUUUCAGAUUGGCAAUGAAACCGAAAAAUAUGAAUUGAAAUUUGUGGGUGAAUAUAGUGGAACAACUGAAGAUAAGCUGACAAAACAUUUGGGACUAAAAUUUAGUACCUUCGACGAAGAUAAUGAUACUGCCAGUUCUAAUUGUGCCCAAUCGUUUGAAGGUGGUUGGUGGUUCACGGAUUGCUAUUAUUGUCAUUUAACUGGACCCUAUCGACAAAAAGAAAAUGUUACCUUAAAUGGUGUUUCUUGGAAUAGUAUGAAGUGGAAGGGAAUGGAUUAUUCAUUUAAAUAUGCAGAGAUGUUAAUACGUCCCAAAAAUCCCUAUGAAGAUGAACAUCGUUUAAUUUUGUGGAAGAAUUUAUUUAUAAAAGUAAAUACGCUAUUGACGCAAACAGAACAACUAUAUGAAAAUUUCAACUGGACAACAAUUUUGCUGCGCAAAGAUGGAUCUGUAGAUUUCUAUAGAAAUUGGACGGAAUAUAAAAACGGGUUCGGCAAUUCGCCGCAUGGAGAAUUUUUCAUUGGCCUCGACAAAUUACAUAAACUUACCACAACGGUUCCAGACGUCGAAUUAAAAGUUAUUCUAAGAACAUGGGAUGAUGAGGAACGUUACGCCCUCUUCGACGGAUUUCAGAUUGGUAAUGAAACCGAAAAAUAUAAACUGAAAUUUGUGGGUGCUCAUAGUGGAAAUACUAAAGAUAUGCUGUCGCGUCACAUGGGACUUAAAUUUAGUACCUUUGACGAAGAUAAUGAUAUUACCGAUUUCAAUUGUGCCCAAUUCUGGAAAGCCAACAACUGGACCAUUUCGACUGGACCAUAUCGACAAAAAGAAAAUGCCAACUCAGCCGGGGUUGCCUGGAAUAGUGAGAACAGGAAGGGCAAGGAUUAUUCGUUUAAAUAUGCAGAGAUGUUAAUUCGCCCAAAACUGAAGAUUUAA